AAGGAGAAGCCAACCCCCCCGCUGAGAGCCUGCGUAUAUAAAGCCCAGCAGCGGCCGCCCUUCAGCAGGGUGUCUGUCACCAGAUCGUCAUCAUCAUCCUUCAUCAGCCUCUUUCCGACCUGACUUUGGACUAAUCACUGCUCCGUGUCAGCAGGACAGCGCACAGCGGCAGCAGCCAUGUCUCAUGGAUGGGGAUACGGACCAGGCAAUGGACCUGACACAUGGGGAGAAGAUUUUCCUAUAGCUAAUGGGCCUAGACAGUCUCCCAUCAACAUCGUCCCUAAGGACGCCAAAUAUGACUCCACUCUAAAGCCUCUGAAAAUCAAGUAUGACCCCUCCAACGCCAAGGGCAUCCUCAACAACGGACACUCCUUCCAGGUGGACUACGUGGACGACAGCGACAGCUCCACCCUGACUGGAGGUCCUAUCUCCGGCACCUACCGCUUGAAGCAGUUUCAUUUCCACUGGGGAGCCAGCGAUGACCGAGGCUCCGAGCACACUAUCAACGGCAUCAAGUUCCCCUGCGAGCUUCACCUAGUCCACUGGAACACCAAGUACCCGAGCUUUGGAGAUGCAGCCAGCCAGCCCGAUGGACUGGCAGUGGUUGGAGUCUUCCUCAAGAUUGGUGCUGCCAACCCCAGGCUUCAGAAGGUUCUGGAUGCCUUGGAUGCCAUUAAUACGAAGGGAAAGCAGACCACCUUUUCUAAUUUUGACUCAAAGACUCUUCUUCCUGGUUCUCUGGAUUAUUGGACCUAUGAUGGAUCUCUGACCACGCCUCCCCUGUUGGAGAGCGUCACCUGGAUCGUCCUCAGGGAGCCAAUCAGUGUCAGCCCUGCACAAAUGGCCAAGUUUCGCAGCCUUCUCUUCUCUGGAGAUGGAGAUGCUCCGCGCUGCAUGGUGGACAACUACCGGCCCUGUCAGGCUCUGAAGGGCCGCCAGGUCCGCGCCUCCUUCAAAUAAACCCCUGCCUCAUGUAUCUCCAUAUGCAGUGUACCCGUAGAUUAUAUUACUUACCAGCACUGUUAAUAUUUACCUGAAGAGUACAGGCCUUUUUUGCUUUUAUGUGUUAUUGUUAUUGACAUAGACUAACUGGAUGUGUCUUGAAUUAACUUACGUUGAGGCAUUUCUAAGCUUUGACACUGGAUAUAGGUCAUAUUUGUAUCCAGAUUUCAUUUAAAUUGUUAUGCAACCCAUCUCUCUUGCCACUAUAACUAAUAACCUAAGCUUUUCUUUAUUUAUAGUUUCGGUCGAUAGAUAAUAAGACAGUUAGCUUUAUGAGAGACUAAAUCUACCCCAAAUAGUUAUAAAAUGUUCUAAAAGUUAUGUGUGUGUCAUUGAAGGGAACUUCCAUGGAUACAAUAAUCCAAAUCAACAGGUAUAUCCUUUUUUCUUAGCAUUAAUGCACUUAAUAUAAAAAGAAAGAAAGAAUUCUUAGGCAACUCUAUAUUGUUGGAUGAUGCUCACUAUUUAGUACAGUUAUCGGCAAAAGGCCACGUGGCCUAUAAGACUUGGAUGUAGGCCUAAAUGUUCUGCAGGGAUAUUUACUAAUAAUAUAGAUUCAUAUUUACUCUGUUUUUAAUCAGUGUGCUUUGCCUUGCUUGAAAUGCCUUCAUCAACUCCCUGAAGUUGAUUUGCUGCUACGUAUUACAUUGUGUUGUGAAUUGUGCCGCCAACAGAUUGUUCAAGCUAAAGUUUCAAUUGAUGCCUCAUUUGGUCAGAGAUUUGUUUGAUACGUAACCUUUCAUGUUGACCCAGUCGUGCACUGACACCAUUAGAAACUGGCAGGUGCAUGUACACAAGAAGGCUUUUCGAUUUAUGAUCAGCUAAUGAUGCUUUGGAAUGUUCCAGUAUGUUGUAUGCCCACACUUAUACAUGUUUCUUGGGCUUCCAGAGGGAAGUUUAGCUAUUUCGUUUUUACAUGUUUGUUGUUGUUGUUGUUGUUGUUGAACUUCACUGAUCUACAUUUCUGUGGUCAUGGCUCACCUCAAUCUAUCCAUGGCUCAGAUAAUUAAACAAGAAACUAUAACAACUGAACUACCUAUCACCACAGUGCAUUAAAUAUUGCCUUCAA